UAUUUAUGAAAGAGAAAAAAAAGAAUUAGUCCCUCUCUCUCUCUCUCUCCCCGACCCAACGACCGACCCACUUUCCUGGAAAAAGUCAUCUUAGAGAGGGAGAGAGAGAGAGAGAGGGAAGGUUGGUAUUUUGUUGACUGGAUUCCACCCAACUCGUUCGGUUUCAGCGGAAGCCCUAUAAAGUUGGCGGUGCUUUGGGAACCCCUCCGUCUCCCUCACGAAUUUUCCCUCUUUCCGAGAAAAUAUCUCCGGGAAAAAGUGGACGGCCAUGGACGCCGCGGCGAGCUCGAGCGCUCUCAAUUCGGUCAGGAUCACUCGUGCUACGCAACGUAAUGGCGGUCCCAGCUCGUCAAGGUUUCACAUGUCCAUACGCUUCCAGUUUGCAAAUGGGCAGAGGGAGUAUGAAUCAUCCCAAGCCUUAAAGGUUUCUACGGGUUCGAAUGACAAGAGAAGUGGAGCACUUUCGAGAUCAAGUUUUGGUGGCCCCUGUGAAAAGAGAAACCAGCUUAGACAGACAUUUUGCUCCGCUGGAGUGUGCACAUACAAUGGGACUGCUACGGAGUCCGACUCACAUGCUGCAGAAGAAAAAGUUGGAGUGCUCCUUCUGAAUCUCGGUGGUCCAGACACUCUUAACGACGUGCAACCCUUUCUGUUCAAUUUAUUUGCAGAUCCCGAUAUCAUACGUCUUCCCAGGCUGUUCCGCUUCUUACAGAGACCCCUUGCACAGCUAAUAUCUGUAUUUCGGGCUCCCAAAAGUAGAGAAGGAUAUGCUGCCAUAGGAGGCGGCUCACCUUUACGUAAAAUAACUGAUGAGCAGGCGGAUGCACUCAAAAUGGCUUUGGAAGAGAAGAAUGUGUCUGCAAACAUCUAUAUUGGCAUGCGCUACUGGUAUCCCUUCACUGAGGAGGCAGUUCAGCAGAUCAAGAGGGACAAGAUUACAAGGCUUGUCAUACUUCCGCUCUAUCCACAAUAUUCUAUUUCUACGACUGGAUCAAGCAUUCGUGUCAUUCAAAAUAUAUGCAAGGAAGAUGCUUAUCUGUCAACAAUGCCCGUUUCUAUAAUACAAUCUUGGUAUCAAAGAGAGGGUUACAUAAAGUCUAUGGCAGACCUGAUUCAGAAGGAACUGGAGAGUUUCUCCAACCCUGAAGAAGUCGUAAUAUUCUUCAGUGCUCAUGGAGUACCAGUUAGUUACAUUGUGGAUGCUGGAGAUCCAUACAAGGACCAGAUGGAAGAGUGCAUUUACUUGAUUAUGCAGGAACUGAAGUCUAGAGGAGUUACCAAUCAGCACCAACUUGCUUACCAGAGCCGAGUUGGACCUGUGGAAUGGCUGAGGCCCUACACUGAUGAUGUACUCGUUGAGCUCGGCCAGAAAGGGGUGAAGAGUCUCCUAGCAGUUCCAGUGAGCUUUGUGAGUGAGCAUAUUGAAACUCUUGAAGAAAUUGACAUGGAGUACAGAGAGCUGGCACUUGAAUCUGGUGUUGAGAAUUGGGGCCGUGUUCCUGCUCUGGGUUGCACCUCUUCGUUCAUCACGGAUCUGGCUGAUGCAGUGAUUGAAGCCCUCCCUUCAGCAACAGCCAUGUCGAGUCCCACAACUUCUUCUAAAGCUCUUGAUCUAGAUCCGGUUAGCUAUGCAAUCAAGAUGUUUUUUGGUUCAAUUUUGGCAUUUCUCUUGCUUUUAUUCCCAAAAUUGGUAACAGCUUUCAAGAAUCAUCUCCCCUGAGGAAGAUAUAUUGCACUUGCUGUUGAACGUCAAUAAGAUUGACAGAGACCAAGAGUAGAGACCAGGACUCCAUAUGCACUUACAGAAUUGCUCCUUUUUUCUACCUUGAAAUGUCGAUAUUUGCUCACACGGGAGUGCUGAAUUAGAUUUUAUUUUUUCGGGCCUGUUCAGAUAUCUUGCGAGUCUGUAACCUCAGUCCUUAUACAGUGUAACUAUGCCAUUUGGGACCUUCUCAUAUAUACAUUUUUGAAUAGUGAGCAUUAUGCGACCUUGCUGUCCUUACAGUGUAACUAUGCCAUUUGGUUACUUCUUAUAUAUACAGUUUUGAAUAGUGA